AUGAAGUACUGUAAUUCUCUUCUGCUGCUGCGCACUCUGACCCUAAUUUUGAGUGUUCUUCUUCUUAAAGACUAUCAUCUGCUUAUUAAAACGCUCCCAUAUCUAUGGAUUCCUACACAACAUGAAUUCACUACUUCACAAACGAGUGUCAAGCCGUCGAAACUAUCACUGAACUGGGAUGAAGUAAAUUUGUUAUCGCCACCGUUCCUUAACGAUUCAGUGCUCGAAUCUCUACGCUUGAACGAAUUGCUGGCUAAUCCUCAGUAUAAAUGUCAGAAACCAAUCCGAAUUGGCAAUGACCAAAACAGUUUUGUCGUGUGUCACGAUGAUAUGGCUGAUGCAAGAUCUGCAGUUGGAUUCAGUGAUGCGCUUCUGUUGAGCGGGUACGUUAGUGAGGAUGGAUCAUUGAUGAAGUCGUUGAAUGCGAAACGAUGGACUGUGUUCGUUCCAGAAAACUAUUCACCUCUUGACCAACUCGGCAACGUCGAUGUUGAGGUGAAUUAUUUGAUGCGAUUACGUGAUUUUGAGGACUGGGAUGUCGAUAAUAUCCUCGAUGGGAUUGAGAACAAACAUUUCGAUAGUGCAUUUCUCAACUUUUAUUCGUCGUUCAUCAGCAAACCCGAGAAUGGUGGUUUUGAUCAGUUAAUAGAGGCACCGAAAUUCGUUGAAAAGUUACUACCAUACUUGCAUACGAAGCAAAUGCAAAUUGUGGUGAAAAUCGACAAGAAGAAUGCGGAAAAUGUGAUUUUUGAGUGGUAUCGUUUGCUGUAUCGUGUAUUUUUCAAAUACAAUUUCGCAUUAAUCGAUGCUCAGUUUCGAGGAGUUUGUCUUCGACGAAUAGACGGUUGUGUGUAUCGUUUAAGUUUUAUUCAUAACAGCCAGCACAAUGUCUCACCACCUGUCUUUGGACUUGGUUCACCGAUUGAAGAAAGAAAACGUCUUAUACAGUUCAUGAAAACAGUUGAUCGACAUCAUAAUUGUACACUGGUUACUAAUGAAGAAGAUGCUAUACCUCCAUUUUGCAAGCCGUCGAAUUCUCGUGAAGCGUGUGUUAUCGUCUACAUAAGCUAUCGUAAACCGCAAUCGGCAAGGAUUCUUCAUUCUCUGGAUAGCUGCGAGGUGUUCUUUUUUUCACCACUGCAGUCCAACCUGAUAGACAACGUUUCGCUCAUGAAGAAUUUGAGCAAUAACUGUGUUGAUUAUUGCCUUUUCAUUUCAUCUUUUGUUUUAGCGAAAAAAAUGCGUGAUAGUGUUGAUUUCAGAAACGACAGCAGGAUGCAUGUUUUCAAUUUCGGUAUUUCGCCUCACAUAAAUGAAUCGAUUUCGGUUUCGGGCGUAGAUGGUGGCAACCAAUGGGAAUUGCUGAAGUUUUCUGAUGUUAUCGAAAAGUGUGGCCAAAAGGAAAUUAGUACACUUAUUCUUGAUCUAAAUGGUGGCGAAUGGAGCGUUCUUGAAGCGAUUCUGAAUUCAUCGGAACAGCUUAAACGUAUCUCUCAGAUUAGUAUGAGAAUAAGGUGGGGCUUUCUAAACGAUGCAAGCAAUAUUUUACUUAUCCUGCCUGUUUCUUGUGCAUCAGUUAUCUCUGCAAGUGCUGUGCUCGCCAUUAUAGUGUUGGCAAUCGAUUUCACCGCUCCCGUUUACCAGUUCACAAUGCUUGACGCAGAUGGAAAGGAAGUAUCACUUGAUAAAUACAGAGGCAAAGUUCUGAUGAUUGUCAACGUAGCGUCGCAGUGUGGUUUAACUAAUUCGAACUACCAUCAAAUGAAAGUUCUACUGAACAAGUACAAAGCAAAGGGCUUCGAAAUCGCCGCUUUUCCCUGCAACCAAUUCGCUGGACAAGAACCUGACAGUGAAGCACAGAUAAAGAAAUUCGUCCGUGAGACGUUCGAUUUCGAGCCAGAUUUAUAUUCAAAGAUUAACGUCAAUGGAGCUGAUGAACAUCCAUUGUACACGUAUUUAAAAAACGCACAACACGGCACAUUUAUUGAUGCAAUCAAAUGGAAUUUCACAAAGUUUUUGGUUAAUAAAAGUGGAUAUGUGAUUCAGCGAUACGCUCCGACAACGGAACCGCUGAGUAUUGAAGAAGAUAUUAAUAAGUUGCUCAACGAUCGAUCAGAUUUGUAA